CAAAGGAUGGAAAAUAGGGUUAAAACUAGGCACUCUUUUCGGCUGGGCUGUGCACCGGCUCUGCGGGAGUAAGCUGAGGUCUGCUCUGUUUGCAUUCCUUGCAAAUACGCGCAUAUUACAAUUCAACAAUUUAAAGAAUGAGCCUUGACGUGCAAGCAUUGGUUCGAAUUCUCCAUUCCUGCAGCACCCACCAUUCAAUCCACAUCGGAAAGCAGCUCCACCUUAUCUUCCUCAAAAAGGGUGUUUUAAACUCUGCCGUCACGCUCGGAAAUCGUGUGAUGCAGAUGUAUGUGAAAUGCGGAAGCAUGGCUGAUGCACGGAAACUGUUCGACGAAAUGCCCCAGAGAAACUGUUUCUCCUGGAACACGUUGAUCGAGGGUUAUAUGAAAUCUGGGGACCAAGAAAAGUCUUUGGAGAUGUUUGAUGCCAUGUCCCAUAAGGAUGAUUUUGCGUGGAACUUGGUUGUUUCGGGGCUUGCUAAAGCGGGUAAGCUAGAGAUUGCUCGGGGUUUGUUCAAUGAGAUGCCUAGGAGAAAUUGGGGUAUUUGGAAUUCUAUGAUUCAUGGAUAUGCCAAAAAUGGUUGUCCUGGAGAGGCUUUAAGGCUUUUCAAGGAUUUGAAUUCGGACGCGUUGGAAUUGUCAAGUGAAUAUAAGUUUGUGUUGGCUACUGUUGUUGGAGCUUGUGCCGAUUUGCUUGCACUGGGUUGGGGCAAGCAAAUCCAUGCGCGCAUUUUCAUUGCUGAAGUUGAAUUUGACUCUGUUUUGGCUAGUUCGUUGGUUAACUUUUACGCGAAGUGCGGGGAUUUGGAUAGCGCGGGCCACAUGUUAAACAUGAUGAAGGAACCAGAUGAUUACUCUCUCUCAGCAUUGAUUUCAGGUUAUGGAAAUUGCGGUAGAAUGAAUGAUGCAAGAACAGUUUUCGAUACAAAAAGCAAUCCGGAUAUUGCGUUGUGGAAUUCAUUGAUUUCUGGAUAUGUUAACAAUAAUGAAGACAAUGGAGCAUUAAUUAUCUUCAAUGAAAUGCUGAGUAAUGGCGUUCGUGGAAAUUCAUUUACGCUCGCAAGUGUUUUGAGUGCCAUUACUAUCUCAGGCGUCCUUAGACAUGCUGAACAAAUGCACACGCAUGCCUGCAAAGUUGGGCUGAUCGGGAAUGUUAUCGUUGCAAGUGCUAUUCUUGAUGCAUACUCGAAGUGCGGAAGUCCUAAUGACGCUUGCAGAUUGUUUAGUGAGCUCCAAACCUUCGACACAAUAUUGCUUAAUUCUAUGAUCACUGUGUAUUCAAAUUGUGGGAGAGUCGAAGACGCUGUACAGGUUUUCAACACAAUUCCAAGUAAAAGCUUGGUAUCUUGGAAUUCAAUGAUAGUAGGCCUUAGUCAAAAUGGUUGUCCGAUUGAAGCAUUAGAUCUUUUCAGGCAGAUGAACAAGCUGGACUUGAGGAUGGACAAGUUUAGCCUUGCUAGUGUGCUCAGUUCAUGUGCUAAUAUAUCCUCACUUGAAUAUGGCGAACAGGUUUUUGCCAGAACUACCAUCCUUGGGCUCGAUUGUGAUGAAAUUGUAUGUAACUCGCUUGUUGAUUUGUAUUGCAAGUGUGGUCUUCUUAAAAGUGGGCGAAAACUGUUUGACAGAAUGGCAAAGUCCGACGAAGUUGCUUGGAAUUCGAUGUUGAUUGGUUACGCUACAAAUGGUCACGGAAUUGAAGCGCUAGCUCUUUUCGAUGACAUGAGGCUUUUGGGAGUGAAACCCAAUGAGAUUACAUUUACAGGGGUUUUGUCUGCCUGUGAUCAUUGUGGGUUGGUUGAAGAUGGACGGAAAUGGUUUUACAAGAUGAAACAGGAUUAUCAUAUCGAUCCAGGCAUCGAACACUACACUUGCAUGAUUGAUCUUUUCUCUCGCGCUGGUUGCCUUGACGAAGCAAUGAAUCUCGUUGAAGUGAUGCCUUUUAAGGCAGAUGCAAGCAUAUUGUCAUCAGUCCUAAGAGGUUGUGUAGCUCAUGGACGCAAGGAUCUUGGGAAGAGAAUGGCAGAGCGAAUCAUUGAGCUUGAUUCUGAGAACUCGGGUGCUUACGUUCAGCUGUCUAACAUAUUUGCAGACGUGGAGGAAUGGGAAGGAUCUGCACAGGUUAGACAAGUCAUGAGAGAUAACGGAGUACAAAAAGAUCCCGGUUGCAGCUGGUUUGACCGUUGAAGAAGAGACACUUAUGGCAAGUUAGUUCUUGGAAGCCUUCCAGGAUACGGGAAAUGCAAAUGGAAAGGUUCAUUCACCAAGCCAAGGUGGGAACUUCGACUUAGAUAGGUAUGGAAGGCGAACACAGCAUAUCACCGGAGUUUCUGGUGACAGCACGCCUGUACUCGAGCUUAAGAACACAAAGACGACUGGACUUGUCUUCACAAAAACAACUGUAGGGCAAUCGCCUCAUUAGUUAACGACCAUCGAAUGAUCUGAGAAGUGCACAAACCUGUGGUUCAACCAGCAACCGCGGCGUUUAGGAGCUAUCUCAAUAGAACAGGGGGCGCACAACCCUCCCAAAAGCUGAGCAACUCGCUCAUGCGGUGAUGCAGGUACUAAAUCACUCUUUUCGGCUUUGCGGAAGUCAUACAAAAAACUUAAGCUGGCCUAGCAGGGCAGUUA